UAGAUUUUGAGAGAAUUCCAAAAAACCUAUCACGCACGCGUAGGGCUAACCCAGCCCUACCGCUGCAGGGCUCAGACUAACCCCCCGUCUUCCCUAGUGCAUACAAGAAGGUCAUGCGACGCCAAAUGCACGAAUCCGGUCGUUCCCCUCCUCGCCUGUUCGCCGCUGGAUUCCUCGCCUCACAGUCAGCUGACGGUUCUCUUACUAACGAGGAUAACCUGUCAUGCAGCAAAGAACUGUCCCUCAGAGCUUCCGUAGUGUCAAGCUUCGAAGCGAUUAAAGCUCAGGGUGGAAAUGACGAACGGGAGCAAACCACGUGGCGGUUUCUGGUUGGUGGAGGCUGCGGGGCCGCGUUUGCAGGGGAUGAUGCUGGUUUCCUAUGGCAGGUGACAAGGCAGCAACAUACGAGACAGCAACAUUCGAAACAGCACAGCAUAGUGCAGCAGGGUACAGAGUUACCAGAGACCGAGGCGAGGCAAGAGAGAACGGAGGGUGCUGAGUGUGCUGAGUGGAAGGGACCAAGACCUCACUCUCCUGCAGAGGCACAGACCCUGCUCUCCCCUAGAAGGAACGAACCUUCUGUGCGAAACUCUGGAAGAGACAAUGGGAAUACCCUCCUCUGUGCUGUUCGCUUCUGCAAGCAAUCGGCCAAUGAGCGCGUGACAUGUGGCGAGUGCUCGCAAGACUCUGGUGUCUUCGUAUCCACGUCAGGACGACUCUUGCAGUGGGACGUAACCCCCACCAGUGGGAUAGAUCUUGCGGCUUCCCCGCCUCCCUGCUACCCCCUUCCCUCGCUCCCUCCUUGGGUCACCGUCACGUCGGUUGCUGUUGGCCUCACACACUGCCUCGCUCUCUCAGGCAGUGGCAUGGUGUGGGCGUGGGGCGAGGGCGCAGAGGGGCAGCUGGGAAUGGGCAGGCGGGUGGGGAAGGUGACAGAGCCAGUGUGCGUGCUGCUUCCUGCACUGGCAGCAUCCGCUAUAAGACCAUCCGCUAUAAGAGCAUCUGCUGUAACAGCAUCCACUAUGAGACCAUCCGCCGUAACAGCAUGUGCUUCAAGAGAUGACUCGUUACAAGCAACGGCAGUGGCGUGUGGAGGCAGGCACAGCCUCGUGCUGGCAGAGGAUGGAUCUCUCUUCUCCUUCGGAUGGGGCCAAUAUGGCCAGUGUGGUCACGGCACGUCAGACGACUGUCUCUCCCCCACCCUCCUUUCCGCGCUUACCGGCCUCACGGUAACAGCGAUCGCGGCUGGCCUCUGGCACUCCCUUGCCAUCGCCCUUCCUGCUGGGUCAAUCGGUGGUGGGGGUGGUGGUGGGGUUGACAGUGCUGCUGACAUGGAACUGGAAGGUGGUGACGUGUACAGCUGGGGAGGGAAUCAGUUUGGCCAGCUGGGCACGGGAGACACGGCCGCAAAGGUGCUUCCGACUCUCCUGGAUUGCCCAAGUCUAGACACUCGCGCCGUGAAAGCCAUCUCCUGUGGAGCAAGGCACUCUGCGGCUGUCACCACUGACGGCACUCUUUUCGUGUGGGGCUCUAACAAGUUUGGCCAGCUUGGCAUUGGCCAUAAGGAUGAUGCCUAUUCCCCUCAGAUGGUUGCAAAGGAUAAGUUUGAUAUAAACGGCUGUGGUGAUAAUGAGAGCGCCGGUGAUAAAAAACUGGAGCAUGCCCGUGAAGUGUUCGUGCAAGAUGCAAAGUGUGGUUGGUGGCACACCCUUGCCAUUACUAGGGGCACUGUCAAGAGCCUGAAUAAUGGAUGACAUGUCUAGCUAACUUUAUUUUGGUUUGAUGCUAAUUGAAUUUUUGCCCUGGCU